AUGCUGGCGCAGCCGUGUCUCCCAACUCUCCUCUCGCAUGGUGCGACCCAGCAGUGCCAGAAGGACUUUAGCGCCGAGAAUGGCUGUCUCCCCGUCGAGGGGAGUCGUUGCCGACGGGGGGGCUCUGCGUGUGUCGCGGCCUCGCAGCCCCGCCAGCAGGUAUCCUCCUCGGGCUUCUGCAUCCCUCCCCCCGUUGCCGCGGACCGCCGUCUCUUCUCCUCCCUUGCCUCUGCUCUGGCCGCCUCCCCCCGUCGUCGGCAAGCCAACGCGCCUUGCCUCUCUCCGCGCGAGUUCCGCCGUCAGUCGCGGAGCCUUCAGCGUCGCGGCCAGCUCUUGUCGCGCUUCGCCGACCUGCCGUAUGUCUCGUGGCGCUCUGUGUUGCAUGUGCUCCACCUCCUGUCCACGAAGCCUCUGCUGCUUCGCGGCGAGGACCUCCUGAGUCUGCCGCUGGUCUGCAAGCGCGUCGGCAUCACUGACUUCCGAAUCGUCGACCGGCUGCUCGCCGCUGCAGUCGUCCGGCCCUCCACGAAAUUCGCGGCUCCGUGGGGCGUCCGCGCACCGGGCGGCGUCGCCCCGAGGGCGAGCCGUCCAGCGGAACCGGCGAGUGGAGGCGCGUCAGGCCUCUCAGACGAGCCACAGCAGCAGGCGGCGCCGCAGAAAGACGGCGCUCGGAGGGGGGACCGACCGUCGUUUGCACGCUUCGUCGCCUCCUUGGACGACUGGCGAGUGGGGAAGCACCCGCACCACCUGCAUGCGCUCCAGAGACUCCUCGCCGCGGUCUCCGCGAACGUGCACAAUUACUCAACCGAAGACCUUCUUCUCCUUCUAGAUGGCUUCACCGUGCGCAGCGCAGGAGCGCAGACGGGCGCGGAGUCCGCGGAACUCGACGUCCGGGGGCGGAAUCAAGCGCGCGGCCAAGUGCCUGUCGAGGCCCUCGAGGAGUUUGAGGCGACAGUGGGAAUUUUGGUGCUGCAGCUCCGAGCAAAGUUUGUGCAGCUCCAGGGCGAGGCUGCGAGGGCAGGCAGCGAAGCAGUCGAGAAGGAGCGCGAGCGUCUCGCGAGUCUGCCAGGUACGGUUGAGAUCUACGAAAUCAUCAGCCGCGCGGCCGUGGCUCUGCCUGCGUGCUGGGAGUCUCCGCGCUCCUUCCUGCGGCCUGCAUCCCCGGCAGCAGUCGUAGGGGCAGGUGCGAUGCAUGCGCGCACAUGCGGAGAGCGGAUGGAGGGACAGCUCGCUGCUCAGCGCAGGGCUUUUGAGAGAAUCACCGGCAGGACUCCGGGCCUGGGCGCAGCCGACGAAGGGCUUCAGGAGGGGAUGGAUGCGGCGACCUUCUCCCCGAGAUCCGCCACUGAGGAAAUGCUCGCCCUGCUCGGAUCGAAGAUCCUAUCCACGGGCUCUGCCUCAGAAGCGCUCAGCGAGCGCACAGCUGGUGAAGGGAUGCCCGCCGCCGUAGAUCUUGCCUCCCUCCUGCAAGCUUCUUCACGCGUGGCAGGGUUGGGCGCCCCAGCCGACCGGCUCGCAGACGCCGCGGCGAAGGAGAUCGUGGGGCCUGAGACCCCCGCGGGUCGGCCGUCUGGGGCAGCUCCGCGCGACUCUAGGCCCGCAGCGAUCGCGCAGGAGAUCCUGAAGCGUCUCGCAAACAACACCCGCCCGACUGAAAGGCGCGGACGAAUCGAGUGGGUCGAGGCCCCAGAGUUCGCGCUUUCGCGCAGCCUGCCGGCGGAACGUCAGCAGGCGCUGCUCGCGGCAUGCAGCUUGGCGCCUCCCGCGGUGGUGCCGGCGCUGGCGGCGGCCGUGUGGCGAGACUUCCGAGGUUGCGCAGGUGGCGUUGGGGCGGCUGCGGCGGCGGAGAGGGCAGCUGGCACCUCUUCGGGCCGCGCCGCUCCCCUGGCGCUUCCGUCCAGCGGCGCCCUCGCCGACGUCCCGCUGCCCGCGCUCGUGACGGCGCUGCCUUUGCUCGCCCGAUGCGCCGUGCAGACAGUGACGGCUGCCGAUCAUUGCGCUGGAGGCCGGAGGACGGGAAAGACAGCUGCGUCACGCGCUGGCACUCCCGCAGACACGACGCAGACGCGCGGGAGGCGGCGCGCGGCUUCGGCGCCCUCGCGCGGCGAGCCGUCGUCUCGCUCAUCGCCGUCGAGACCGCUUGCCGACGCCUCUGCGGGGGACAGCUUGGUGUGGCUGCGGCGCCUCUUAUGCGUUCUCGGGUCGGCGCUCCAUCAACAGGGGAGGCAUCACCUGCACAGAAAAGGCGCUGCCCUCGCUGCCGAGGAGUCUGCUUCAGAGACGGAAGGUUCCGCCUCCCUUUUUGCGUCGCGCUCUGGAGGCGAACAAGGCUCGAUUUCUGCGGUCGAUCGUGCCGUGGAGCUUUUCUGCGUCGCCGGUUUGGGUGCUCGCCUCUCGGCGAUGCUCCUGGAGAGCAAGCUGCUGUCAGCCGAGCGCAGGCCCUUCAGCCAAGCUGUGCGGGUGCGCGGCGCCGGGAGAGCGACGCCGCAAAUGCCGUCGAUGCCCCGCUGCGCAAGUGGCUGCCGGAGCCCGUGUGACUCUUCGCCUCGCCUCGACGGAUGGAACGGGCGGAUUCGCUGCAGCGUCGUCGCCUCGCUGCACCGCCGGUACCGGCUCGCGCAGCGUCUCGCCGAGAUGCAGCUGCGGCAAGCUGUGCUCGAGGCAGGGCCGCUGCUGCCUCCUUCAGCCCUCAGGCGCGUGGUUGUGCACUCGACCUCCAGCGUUUCAGCGGGCGGGGGCGGCAGCAGCGGCGCGGGCGGGGGCCGUCUGCAGGGGGCCAACUCGCUCUCUUCGCCGCAGCAGGGUCCGGAUGGGAAGGGGGUAUUCCCUGCCAGCGGCGCUGCUGAGUCCAUUCACAGCUGGUUGGUUCCUCACGUGCUCCACGUGUGCCCCCUGCACAUGUCCGCCCUCUAUUUCCAGCUGCUAUCCGCCGCAGCCAUGCAUUCCUGGCUGAAGACGACGCCUGCGGCCCUGCGACGCCGUGAGAGGCAGACUUGCCCUUCUGCGGGGGACUCGAAUCUCGGAGCGGGGGAGGCGACCGAUGGCGGAGGCGCAAGCGGAGUGCGUGCGCCCAUGUUGAGCGCCAGCGCCUCAUCCGGAGACCAGCUGGCGCUGCACGCCCUGCGUUUGGCGCGGCACAUCCAGCAACGGCUCAACGGUGCCCGGCGGCAACUUGAGAGGCAGUGCCGCCUCUCCCAAGCGCAGCAAGAGCGGAUCCUCAUCUCGCUGCCCCAGUUUCAGCAGCACCAUGAGGAGCUCGUUCUUCGCGAUAGAGACUUGGACUUCACGCCUUUUGGCAAGCUUUUCAAUGUAAGGGAGCCUCUGCGAGGGCCCACGAGCAGUCGCGACGUCCUCGCUUUGAUCAAGCAAACUUCUCAACCUGUCAGCCGCUCCGCAGCUUCGGUCCGGAGUCUGCUGUCCUCUCUUAGGCCUCUGCUGUCUCCCGCGGAAGACGGUGUGAGCUCGGAGCGUGUCUCGGGCAACGGGGGGCGAAGGAGAGCAUGUGCGUGGUUACAGAGUGAAUCCUCGCUUCGCGAAGGCAUUCUCGGGAAAUGCAACGAGUUGCAGAUGCUCACCGAUGCUGUCGCGCGCAGCGCACGUCGAUGUCUGUAUACAGCAAUCAUGCAAAUGCCGGUGCGACAGAAAGCGUGGCUGGGGCCCUGCCAAGGUGAAGUGGAAUGGGCUACCGAACAGGCCAUUGCGAUGCUGAAGGCAGAUCAGGAAAGCUGUGAGCAGUCCGCCGCAGAGCUGUUUGACUUGUCGGUUUCUGCCUCCAAACGUGGACACGCGUCGUCCGCUGGGGGGGGAGAACUCCGCACCGACAGUGCGCACACGACAGGUGGAGGCGACGACGAUCAAGCGAAAGGCGUCGAGGCCUCAGGAGGAGGGGCCGCGCUCACGCGAGGCGCGGAGUUGGAUGCGAUCCUUCAGGGUCUGCAGCCAGAAACAGGCGUCGCAACGUGGGAUCUCCGCAGCCCGCCUCGCGCUGUGAGAGCCAGAGGACGACGCGGAGCCGCUGCGCAUUGGCGUAUUCGGGAAUUACGUAGCGCAGACGACGAGGGUCAGGCCCCAGGGGCAGGCGUGUCUGUGGAUGGCAGAAUCCCAGGCGUUUUUGCACGCCUGCGAGGACUGGGGACUUCUCAGGGGCGGAAUUCCUUUGGCAACCAAAAUCAUCCUCACGGGGAAACCAGUACGAGAGAAGACACCGAGCCCGCCAGCGCCGCGGCGGAAGGACAACGCGAUCGUUUUAUGGUGCUGGCAGGCUCCAGCUAG